GACGCGCCUGUGGAGUGCGGAGAGUGUGGCGAGCAUCAAGGACUAGAAAGAAUACAUGAAGGAGUAACCGUGCAUGUGUGGAGCUUGGUGUUUAUUUGAAGCGGUGCGGAUUCCGCAAGGCUCAGGCUAUUUCCUGCUGUGUCUGUUUAUUUUGGUGCAGCUGACGGAGGGGUGCUGCGCAGUGCGCUCCGGCAGAUGUUUGCGCGCCUUGUCAUCCUGUGCGCCCAUGUUUGAGCGUGUUUGGGCGUCACAUACAUGUUGCCACCGGAACCAUAACAGCCUAGAUAUUUACCGUACUUUUUCUUGGUGAACAGAAUCGCAGCUUCCCUGGCUCUGCAUGGAGAAACAGCUCACUGUGUCUUAGACCCAAAGCUCUCAGUGUUGAGCUGAAGAACAGAGAGACAAAGUGAGGACAGAAGAAGCUAAAGGUUGCACAAGAGGCUGCCGGGCCCCAUGUCUGCCCCUGCUCCAGCCAAUCGGAGGUCUGGGUUGGGCUCUCGCCGAUUCAACCCUUUGAAGGCGCUGCAGCCCAAACGCCGCUUGCAGCAAAUACUGGCGUCCUCACCCGUCCCGGUGCCCAAGCCGGUGUCGGGGUCGGGGUCGGGGACGGCUGCGUCAGGUGCCACAGCGCCGGUGGCCAUUCCUGUGCCCGCGCCCCCUGCGUUUGACUACUGCAGGUUUAUAGAGCUAGACUACGUUCCCAUGGAGACAGGCUAUAUGGUCUCAAUGCGCCCGACUAAAGGCUAUGCACCGACCAAGUCGCCGACUAAAGGAUACACUGCCACCAAGUCUCCAGAUCGCCACAGCCGUUCAACAAACUCUCCCUCAACCCCUCGUUCUCGGCGGACGACGGCCGCGCCCAGUAAUAGAGAUCCCUAUGGCAAUGCCUCCAUCAGCAGCAGCAGCAACUCAGGCUCUUGUAAAGGCAGUGAUUGCAGCCCCACCAAAGGACGUCAUCAGAAGUACACGUCAUGUACAGACAACCAUGGAAUCCGGCCCCCUCCACCAGAGCAGUACCUCACACCCCUGCAGCAGAAAGAAGUGUGUAUCCGACACCUGCGGGCCAGACUAAAGGAAACCAUCAACACUCUACAAGACAGGGACACAGAGAUAGAUGCGCUGAGAAGCCAGCUUUACAGGAUGCAGGAGGACUGGGUUGAGGAGGAAUGUCACCGUGUGGAGGCUCAGCUGGCCCUGAAGGAGGCGCGUCAGGAGAUCCAACAGCUCAAACAGGCUGUGGACACUGUUCGUGCCAGUCUCAGUGAUGCUGAGGGGCUCAGCGGGGACAUAGGGGCCCAGAAGUACUUCCAGGACAUCAACGCUCAGAACCACAAGCUUGAGAACCUUUUAAUCAACAUGGAGCUAGCCCAGGCUGGAUUAGCCAAGGAGGGGGAAGCCAUACCAGGCUGUCGGACCCGUGUUGGGGGUUCGGCACCAGCAUCAGUAUCAGGGGAAAGUCCAGGAGGAAUACCCAAACUGCCAGUAGGAGGGAGGGGGUCUUGCUCCUGCGAUGCUUCCCCAGCCCGUUCUCUGACCCGGAGCUCCACCUACACUAAGCUGAGUGAUCAGGCGCUGGCGGACCGGAACGGCAAUGGCCCGGACUUUCCUUGUCUGUCAGGUGACGGCACCCAGGACAGCGGCUUUGUGUGCUGUGGGGAGAGCAGCGUCCCCAGCCGGGCCGACCUGCUGCUGGAGGCCGCCUUCCUCUCUGAGGAAACAGCAUCUUUACUCAGCUCCUACACGCAGACCUUUUCCCACUCUCUGCCCAACUCUCUGCCCAAGUCUCUGCCUCAUACUUUCUCCCAUACCUUACCUCAUUCUUUCCCUCACAAAUUGUCCCACUCUGUGCCCCACACUAUUCCGCACUCCUCCACCUAUGAGAAGCUGUGCACAGGGGAGCGGCUGGCGCCCUUUCGUUGCGGCCUGGGUGGAGGGGGCUGUAUGAGUCAUCCCUGCCUGUCGCACCACCACCUCUACCUGCACCCCCUGCGGGAGACGGGCAUUCAGACCGAAAGCUGCCCCAUCCCUGCAACGGCAGGUUACCCCUCUGAUCUGGAUACCAUUGCGGAGCAACGCACUUUCCGCUCCCAGGCCUGCAGCCCCACCUCCACCUGGAUGUCUGAUGAGGGGGAGGAGGAGCUGGACUCUAUCACCACCACAACUUCAGCAACCACAGCGACGGUCAUGAGUAUGGCAACAGAGCCGAUCCCAGUCUCCAAAACACCGCUGGUCCCUCCCUUACCGCGGUCUGCUACUGUGGCGUGUUCCAUGGAAAGUCCUCUGUGUGGGGAGGAAGAGGGUGUGGAGGAAGAGGAAAAGCAGGAGAAAGAGAAGAGAGAGAAGGAAGCUGCGGCAACAGAGAAGCAGGAGGGAGCAACAGUGAUCAGACUGGCUGAAGAAGGGCAGCAGAUGCAGAUGGGCUCAGUGGGAGGAAAUGAGGUGGAAGUUCAGGGUGCAGUGGAGGAGGCAGCACCAGGAAAACUGUGCGAUUUAGCAGAGACAUCAGCAGGGAUGCAGGGUGAGCUUAAGUUCGGAGGAUGCUGUGGAGAAAGCAGACGGAGUGGGACAACACUGGAAAACCUCAGCGUAGAAGACAGGCAGCAAGGAGUAGGUCUGUCAGCAGGAUCAACCCAGGUAGAGACAGCAGAGCUGAGUCCAAGUCGCCCAGGAUUAUCACCAGGCGUAGAACAGCCUCACACCUCCCAGCCGAGGAGAUCUACUUCCCAUGAGGAGAUAGCUGGUGUCAUUGUAGUUGAGGUGCAUGAUGAGGACGAUGAUGAAGAUGAAACUAAAGAACAAGGCGCCACAGGGGGCGCUACAGCAAAGGAGGGAGAUUUGUCUGGCGAUGGGACAAUUCAGAAAAGCUACUGGAGUCGUCACUUCCUGGUUGAUCUGCUAGCAGUGGCCAUCCCUGUGGUGCCAACAGUGGCAUGGCUCUGCCGUGGUCCAGUCCGUGGUGGACAGCCCAUGUAUCAUAUAGGGUCGCUCCUGCGAGGCUGUUGCACUGUGGCGCUGCACUCGCUGCGCAGGGGAGGUGGGUUGAGGCAUUACCCCGCAGGCGGGGGAGACCUGGGCGGGUCACUGAUAUAAGAGGAGAAUCUGUUCAGCAUCUCUGUCGUGCUUAACCUCGACCUCUCCUGUAUGGAUCUGGGUCCUUAGCUUGUUGGAAGAUACAUGUAGUGUGAGGAGAGCAAGAUGAAAAACAUGUCCUGCAUUUCUCAUCAAGGUUAAUAGCUGAGGGGAGCAUCAGGAACAGGAAAUGUGCAUUUAUGACUAAACUCUUUUCUGUUUGGUCCUGCUCCUUAUUGUCUCUCACCCACUGGUCCUUGCUGUUGCUACCAAGAUGUCUGCUAACACAACUGACUUGUGCAAAACUGAAUGAGCUAAUUGAAAUGAAUGAUCUAUGCUUGGAUGUUUAACGCUGAUUGGUUUGUUUUUAAAUGCAGGAAAAUGUUAAAGGAUCAUUGAUCUGUCCAACCUAACAGUCUGACUCAAUUCUGACAUGUUCAAAUGAUCACAUGUUGGUGACUGUGUACAUGAAAUAUAGUAUGUGUAUAGAGUGUGUACAUGUAUAACUAAAUGAUCUCGUCUGCAGUAGACGAGCUACACUCUGCUCAUUGACCAGUGACAGAGGGAAAAUGCACCCUAAUUCAGAAUUCAAGCGUUUCCUAUGGUUUGAGACAGUUUGGGCUUUUCUUUAACAUCUUUUACAUCUUCAGGACUGCAAACAUAGAGCUUAUCUACUAUCAAGAAACAACAAAAUAGACACAGAACUACACUGAUUCUAAGGGUAGAAACACACCAAAACAAACUGCAGCAAGCCUGCCAAGAACCAUAGACACUUCCAAUACGCUGUUGGACAGCAGAUCAAUCGUGGUGUCAAGCCAAACGCUUCCACUGUUAUUUCUGUUUAUGCCAGGCAGACACUGUGUAAAGCCCAAUUUUAACACCAAACUGGUCUCCUCUGACUUAUUUUAGAGUCGGGCCGAAUAUCUAUGAGAUUGGUUGACGUUUGACGUUCAGUUUGAGGGGGUCACAAUGCCAUGAAGAUAAGAUAACAUUAGAUAAUCCUUUAUUAAUCCCAAAAUGGGUAAAUUUGCAGUGUUAAGUAUAAAGGGAUUCGCGCAAUAGCAAGAAGCAUCAAUAAAAAAGCGAGAUAUAAUAAAGAAGUAAACAUGCACAUUGUUUCACAUAGGAAAUAUUGAUAUUGCACGAGUAAAUGUGUCAGUUUUGGUGUGUGGUCUACUGGGAGCAGUGUUUAUUGUAACGUCUGACAGCAGCAGGAAGGAUGGACCUGCGGUAUCUCUCCUUUACACACGGGUGGAGCAGCCUGUCACUGAAGGAGCUGCCCAGUGCUGUCAGUGUCCUGCAUGGAGUGAGACAUGUUCUCCAUCAGGGAUGAUAGCUCAGCCAUCAUUCUACUUUCUCCCACCACCUCCACUGGGUCGAGGGGGCAUCCUAGGACAGAGCUGGCCUUCUUAAGCAGUCUGUUAAGUCUCUUCCUGUCAGCAGUCGAGAUGCUGCUGCCCCAGCAGACCACUCCAUAGAAGAUGGCUGAUGCCACCACAGAGGCAUCAAAAAGGUCCUCAGGAGUGCCCCCCUGCACUCCAAAAGACCAGAGUCUCCUCAGCAGAUAGACUGAUCUGGCCUUUCUUAAAUAGUGCAUUUGUAUUGUCAGCCCAGUUUAUUAUUCAUAUGAACACCCAGGUACCUGUAAGAUUUCACCAUCUCAAUGUCCAUUCAAUGGAUGUUCACUGGUAUAGGAGGAGAGUGUAUGCACAAGCGGAAGUCCACCACCAGCUCUUUGGUUUUCCCUGCAUUGAUCUUGACGCGGUUCUGCCGGAACCAACCCACAAAGCCCUGGGUCGGUUCUCUGUACUUCCUGUCGUCCCCAUCUGUGAUGAGGCCGACGAUUGCGGAGUCGUCAGAGAACUUUUGCAGGUAGCAGUUAGCUGAGUUCUGCAGUGUAGAGAAUGAAGAGGAAGGGAGCCGAGACUGUUCCCUGCGGGGCCCCCUGUGCUGCCGACAACCAUGUCAGACUCACAGUGGGCAUUCAGAGCAAAAAACAGCCCUGUAUUAAAACAACAGAAGGGGCUGUGUUGUUGGAGGCCUGUUGAGACAUGAAAUAUGAUCCAGGAAAUCUGGUUUGAGUAACAGAUCCAUGAGUCUGAAGGCUUAUCAAACACUAAAAUAAUGCACAGUGGUUUAUAGUACUCUGAGACAGGAUUUUAUUACUCUGGAGUUGGCAGCAGUUAUUUAAUCUUUUGUUGCGAUGAUCAUGAGGUAAACAGUAGAAAUAUAGCAUUCUUGUUAACAAGUCUAAGUCUAAUCUACCAGAAAUGUGUGCUUGCACGUGUGUGAUUGGCCAAUGCAGCAUGGCAAAAGUUGAGCACCUCAAAUUUUUACAAAUUAUCAUGUUACAUCUCGCCUGUUUAAUCCGUACACAAAAAGAAAUGUAGAAACAAGCUGUGGUUUUACAGGAAGUUAGGUGCGGGAACUAUUUCUUGUUCUUAAAAUUUAGAGGUGCUGGUAGACACCUUAACAAGGAUAUUUCACUCUUGGCAAAAAAGUGAAAAAGCGCAUUACCCAAACUAUUCCGUUAAUGUUAGUAGUUACUUUACAUGUUGUGGCUGGCUGUGGUCUUGACUGAGACUGUGUUGUGAUAGAAAUAAAACUGAACUUGAAAUGAAUUACUUAAAUCACAGUUGAUACACUUGGAAGUAGACCUGUAUUGUGCAGGAAUUGAAUAACUGCCUUAGCAAUCAGUUGUUAGUUCUCAUAUUGGCCAAAGAAAGAUUUGAUAGAAACACAAAACACUCCUCCAUCUGACAAUCACUUGAGUUUCUUCUGAAUUCCGCUUUCCCAAGGGAUACAAUCCAUUAACAUCUCUUUGCAGUAGAAUCUGCUCUUUCAUGUCCCUCAACCCCAGCAUGCCCAGGUACCCAGGAUAGCCUGACUUCACAGCCCAUCUCCCCAAUUCUAAACAAAAUAGUCAUUAAUAAGGUCAGGUCCUGUGAGGGAUUCGUUGCUUCUCAUAGAAAAUGAAUGGGAGCUGGUGGCUCCACCCAGCUCACAUUGGUGUGUUUCUACCCUGAGAAUAUAUGAUUACAUCUCCAGAAAUCAAACAAAGCUGAUUCAGAUGCAAGCGUAGAGCGUAAUGACAACAACACGGACAUUAUGUUUUAGGGUGGACUUUUUCCUGCACUCAGUCCUGUGGUCGGUCCUUGUACCCCGAGGCUUGCAUUGAAAUCAAACUCAGCUGAACUAUAGAAUUAUUGAAAAUAAUUGAACUCAAUUUGGGUUACUUUCAUUUCACAUAACACACAUAGAAAAUCUCGAUUGGAUUCAUCAAAUCUAACAGGAAAGUCAUAAAAUGAUCAGACACUUUUGUUAGAUACUCACUGGCUCAGUUUGACACUUUGAUGUAGAUCUGAAUGAAGUGAGUUGUGCUCAGUCUGUGCUCUGUGCUGUAUAUUUCCGCUAACUUAAUGUCAGUCAUUGCAAAUAUUUCAACUUUAUUUGUUUAACAGAUCAUUCUGCAAAGCAUUUCUAGACAUGGGGUACUACAUGUCAGUUGACACUCAAAAUGUAAAUCAAGAUAUCUGGGUUGUAAUCACAUUUAGGUCAAGGUGUUUCCUUCCUGUGUGAAUGUGGCUUCUGAUGGCAAUUCCUUCUGUUUGCUGAUCUUGUGCAGAUGUUUAACUUUGUGUGUAAUAAGGGCAAAUAAGCACCCUGCAACUUUAAAAUCAAAAUUAAUCUGACUGUCAGAUUAAGGAGCUAAACGUGGAUCGAGAGACACCCCGACACAACCAGCAAAAAUCAUCUGACACCAACUGAAUUGUUUAGUUCUUCGGUGAAGAAAUAAGCAGCAUGAAUCUUUUUUUUUUGUUACUGUUUGGUUGACAUAUUUUUGCACUAUUAUUCACUUUAUAAAUUUUAAGCAAUUACUUGAAGUUGAGAUUGUAUGUGUAUCCAAAGUGUUGUAUGUCCACUGAGUUCUGACUGAUUGUUCUGCAGUGUCAAUUAAGUUUGACGUUGUGCUGAUAAUGUUUAAGGCAAAAAUGAAACAGGUGAAGUGUAACUAAGAUAAUGCAGACAUUUCAGGUAGAUCCUUAAAAAUACUACAAUACAUGCCAUGAUUUCUGUGAAUACUGUAAAGCAGUUGCCUUUCAUCCACGAUCAGAGCUAUUGAGCUCAGCUCUUUACAUUUGACCACAAUAUGUAUCUACAGGCCAUACAAAAUAAUGGACAUUUAAGUCUAAAUCCUGUUUUAAAAACACACACUGGUAUAGAAUGAGCAGUGUUUGUGCUACGUGGUCAAAUUAUGUAAUUGUCAGAUGUCAGUGACAAUCAUUACAAUCCCUGUCUGUGUUUGGUUUUCACUUCAUCGAUCUGAAGGAUCCACAAAAGCAGCGGCCAUUAUUGAUGCAUUGAGAUCCAUGAAAAGAUUGAAUGAAUGCCUUACAGACACACAGGACUGUCUCUUCUCCACUUAGCCACAUUUGCUCAUCCAUAAGCUUUCCUCAUCAUCACUUUCAUUAUCAUGAGUUGUGCACUAGUUCUGUUCCCAUCUCCUGACUGAAUGAACCACUUGGCUAAAGUGGAUUAGGAGGCUAAAACAAUUUUCAUAUUUGACAAAAAGCCAUAUAAUCCUGUGAGGUACAGGUGUGAGAAUGUGGGAGGCAGCCUCCUCCUCUCAAUAUUAAUGUAUUGUGAAACUACAUCUCUAAUGAUGAAAGUCAUGUGAAAGAUAGCUACUGUAUAUCAGCAAUGUACUUUGAUUUCAGUCAAUCAAACUCUCCGCUGUCAUUAAACACAGGCUAUUGUAACCAAGAGGGUGAGAGAGGAAAGGAAAGGGUAGAUUUAGUGAACUUGUGAUGCUGUGUUAAGAGGUUCAGGUUUAGGAGUUCAAGCUUGUUCUAGGUCGCAGCAAUCAUCUCAACCCCCUUAAUUUACCUCUAUGCACAACAGUCUACACUUUAGCUGCAUUAUGUGGUCAUGUAUGUGAGUGUCUGAUAGGUUUAUUACUAGACUGUAGUGCAUUGCUAUUAUUGUAUUAUGGAGCUCCACAAAGUCCUUAAAGAUGAUUUUUUUAAUCUUGUGCACAAAAGUUAUCACUCAUUAUCUUGUGCCCAGAUGUUAUCUUGUUCACAUAACAUAACAUUCUUGUGCAUCCAUGUUCUUGUCCUGUUCGCACAAGACACAGUUAUAUAUCUUGUCAGUUAUGUAUCUGAUGUAUCUUGCAAACAGACGAUCCACAAGUUAUCAUUUAAUACCUUGUGCACUGGACUUAGGGGCCUCCAUAUUCAGUAGCUUUUUGUCUUUUGCUUUAAUAUGUUUGCAGGUGUUUCUAACAGGCUUGCAUUACACCUUUGUCUUCACUUCAGAAAAAGGACGUUUUUCCUUGCCACUGUCGCCAAGUGCUUGAUCAUGGUGGGAUUUGUUGGGUCUCUGUAAAUAAUAUUAUAAAGAGUGCGGUCUAGACCUGCUCUAUAGGAAAAGGGCAAUGAGAUAACUUCUGUUAUGAAUUGGCACUAUAUAAAUAAAAUUGAAUUGAAUUGAACUUACUACUCCUAAUAGGGUUUGGUGAACAUAAUCACAUCCUUGGAGUGAUUUUGCCCCCAACAUUUUCCUGUUCAGUGGGUAACGAGCAUUAUGGCGUGCAGUGUCCUCGUUGAGGAUUCUGACUCAACAAGGGUUGACUCAUCAGGGUGUGAUUGAUUUAUUCAUUAAAAGUUUUAUCUGACUUUCCUCCGAUCAGUCUUUACCAUAUAGCACUUCAUCAAAACCCAUUCCAAGAUUAUCACAAUGCCAAGGAGGCCAUUAUCCCACGAGUGUCCUACACUGUCUCUGCAAGAACGUCAUUGUACCUCACAGUGACCCUGUUUUCUUUUUCUGUCCCAUAGUACACCUGAACUUCCUGCUAUAGUGUAAGGUUGUGCCAGUGUACUGUUUGUGGGUGGAGGGGGGGGUGACUGAGUGAUUAUAUACUACGUAUAUCCUUAGACACACAUGAUGCUGAAUAUAUCUUGGGGAACACAUGGGGAGGUGUUUUUUUUUUAAUUAUUUUUUAGAUUUUAAUGUGUAUUGUCAUUAUAUGCUUUAUUCCUUGUCAGAUUGUCUGAGUAUGUGUUCCAUAGCCUAUGUAAUGAUAAUUAGCAUAUAGAGGUUAUACCAAGUCCUAUAACAUCCUACUAUUGAGGACAUUCAAUGCCUUGUAAAGGAAUUCAGCUGACAUCGCUGAUCUACAGAUAACUUCAUGUAAAUUAACUAUUUUAAUGGCAAUAGUAGUGUGUACAGUAAAAGACAUCAGUAGGCUACUUCUCCAUUCACACUCCCGACACACUGUAUAAAGGAAGACCAAAAGCCCCUAUAUUAAACAGCAUGGAGGAAACGUU